UCUUUCUAACCUCACGUCAACUGUCAGUCAGGAAUCUAGAGGAGAUACGGUGCAUUUUCAGACACAAAUCAUCCAUCCAUCCAUUUUCUUGACCGCUUAUCCACCUUAUGUAAUUACAAACUACCACAUUAUUAGUAUAUAUAUUGUAAAAACACACACCCAAAAAAUAAUACUUAUAAGAAAUAACGGCACGGUGGAUGACUUGGCUAGCACAUCCGUCUCACAGUUCAGAGGUCAUGGUUCAAAUACCAUCCAAAGUACUGCCGUGUAUUUAUAUUUAAAAAAAGUCAGCUGUUAAUAAUAAUAAUCCAUAUAGCACCUUUCAAAACACUUGUUUACACAGUGCUGUUGACAGACAGUAUAGCGUACAUAAAACACAAUAACACAAUAAGUUUGUCAUGCGCAUAUAAAACCACCACCAACAACAACAGAUUGGGAAACCCAGGCCAUGCAAGAACCCACUCGACUCAAGAGGGCUGAUGAAGGAUGAUAAAUAUAAAUAGACUUUAAAAACCGAGAAAAGCAAAGUAAAAAAAAAAAAAAAUGGUAAUAAUAAGAAUACUAAUAGUAACUAAAAAAAAGUUAAAUAAGUACAAAGUUAGAAGAGGGAAAUAUGACAUCUCAUAAAAAAAAAAAAAAAGUCUGUUUUUAAGUUUUUCAGAAGAUUUCACCGAUGUCGCAUUGUGUUUUCUCAGUACAUCAUAGCAUUUUAACGUAGGGAUUAGUUACGGGCAUCACACUUAUCAGUUAUGUCUUAGUUCCGAGUUCGUAUCAGGGUUGCCAGAUUUGGUCAACUGCCGUCCUCGCUUGACAUGAGCAGAAGGAGGGGGAUUGUGACUUCCCGACGUGGCAACCUCGUCCACCACCAAUGUAAACAUCCCAAGCGCAGAGCGGUGAGUUAAGCUAGCGCUCGGCUAACCAACGUUCAUGUCCUCAGUAUGUAGUAAGAUUGAUCCACUCUCAGCAAUUUAACCAACAAAAACUCCGAAAUAAGAUUACAAAGGUCAUUUCCGUCUGCUCCAAAACGAUGACGACUACAACCUGACCAAUGGACCGCUGCACGUUCGGAGCUAGAUCAUGAAUAACAAACUCGUCUUCUUGGGCCUGCUGUACUUUGUCCAAGGCAUCCCCUACGGCCUCCAGUCCUCCCUGCUUCCCGUCUACCUGCGCGGAGCUGGCCAUUCCCUGACACGCAUUGGCUUCACCAAGAUGCUCUAUUUCCCAUGGGUCCUCAAGGUGCUUUGGGCCCCUUUGGUGGACAGGAUCGGCACCAAGCGGCGUUGGCUGGUGGCAACAGUGUCUGGACUGGCGCUGACAUGUCUCACCAGUUCUGCUUUGGCUCCAGAGAUGCACAUCUGGGGAGUUGCGGGAACCCUGCUCGCCAUGAACACCCUGGCCUCUGUUCAAGAUAUUGCAGUGGAUGGAGCGGCAGUGGGGCUGUUGAAAGGUCGCGGGGAGCUCGGGCUGGGUAACACAGCCCAGGUCGUGGGCUAUAAAGCCGGCUCGGUGUUCGCCGGAGGCGGGCUGCUGGCUGUGAUCGACGUGGCCGGGUGGAGCUGGAUGUUUAUGCUGCUCGCGUUCGUGUACGCGGGCGUGGCCCUGUUUGUGUGGGGGGCCCCUGUGUUGGAUGAUGAGCCUGCGAGGGGCCAACAGGCAGAUGGCAGCAGAAGAGGAGGACAGGGACUUGAUGCUUUGAUGCCUUGGAGAGUGUGGAGGAAGCUGCUGGCUGUCCCAGGCACCGCUUGGACAGUCCUCUAUGUGCUCACGUACAAAUUGGGCGAGCAGGGCGCAGUCACCAUGUUUCCCUUGUUUCUGUUGGAUCACCACAUGAGCGCCAGGGAGCUGGGCUUCUGGAACGGCGUCAUCGCCAUGGGCUUCUCCAUCUGUGGCUCGUCACUGGGAGGCUUACUGCUCGCUCAGUUCAGCAUCGGUGCUCUGAUGCGACGUGUUUUUGUCCUGCGAACCAUCAGUAUGGUCUUCCAGAGCUCCUUACUCACUGUGCUGGAACCAUCAGCACUCAUGAAAGGUAUGGCCGUCUUGAGUAUGAGCGUUCAACACUUCCUGGGCGGUCUGAUCACCACACUCACCUUCACUACCAUGAUGCAUUGCACUCAGAGGGCCGAGGAGAGCAUUCAGGCGACUCACUACAGUUUCCUGGCCACUCUGGAAGUGUUGGGAAAGCUGAUGUUCAGCGCUUUGGCCGGGGGUGUGGUGGAUUGGUUCGGUUUCCAAGUGGCCUUCCUGAUCUUCCUCACCCUCUCUGCUGGAACAGCCCUGCACGUGUGGACGGCUACUUUUACCGGUGCUCUCAGGGAGCACCAACUCAAAGAGCAGCCCAAAUGAAUAUCACGAUCUGGGCUGUAAGAUGUUAGGCGGCAAGUCCACACGUACACAGGUAUUUCCACACCGGUGUCAAAAAGAUGCAUGUCCACAUACAAUGUCCACACAAAUGGAUUUGCUUGCUGGGAAGUGCUACUUUGCAGGUAGACUAAAAUAGUGCCAGAGAGUGCCAAAGAAGCGCAUUGGUUGUAUACCUGUGUUCGUGUGGACAUUAUUAGGAGCAUGGAAAGUCUUAAAAUAACUUUAGAUUGGCUGCUAGUAUUCAAACAACCAUAGUUACGAAAUAGAAGCUUCAUACUGUUGCAUCUAAAAAAUGAAAAUAUCAUAUGGGCAUAUUUUGGGAGAUGUCAGGUAUGUAACAAAGCACGGUGAAAUUAGAAUUUUAAGAUAAAUUCCUCUGCACAAACAUUUGAGUUUGGUUUUCAUUGAAUAUCUUAGAAUUUGUUGGUAGUGCGAUAAAACCUUUAACAGGAGCCAGCCUGCUUGUGAUGAGCGUGAUGGUUUUGUGUUAGGGGCGGCAUGUAGUCCAACUACGCUCACUGUGUUGACAGUUGAGAUCCAGCAAAUUUCAACUGCAAAAAAAAAGCAAUAUCACAACUCCUCCCUGAGACGCUCAAUGUAUGUACUCUAUAUGAAUAUAUUUAAUUCUUAUGAUAGUUAUGGUUUACAAUUUUAAGCAGGCAGCACGAGUCUACUACCUCGUUUCAACAACGUAUGGUACGACACACAAAAUGUGAACCCUGUCACCGUACUUUAGUCUCAAGUCACAGACGCACAAUAUUAAUCAACAAAGCAGGAACUAUCCACCUGAGUUUUGUAUAAGUUGUCUAGAUGAUGUUAAAAAGGAGCGUUGCUUUUAGAAGCGUUUGGAAAUUGUGCUGUAUACUGUCUGCUCCAUAAGUUUUCCUCCUGUAGCGAAGCUCAGCCUUACGUGCUGCAUGGAGCCAUCUUGUCUCAGUUUUCCGACUGAAAGAAAUCAAACUUUACAAUCAACCGCAAUAAGCCUGUUCUUUGAAACUUGAAAGACCAAUGCCACAUACAUUAUUUCUAUUUGUCUGUGUUUCAUUUAAAGAAAUAUGAGUGCCCUGUAAUAUGCUGUAUGUUCGAUCACAUAUACUGUAACUAUGGUACUGUAUACAAGCAAUCCUGUUCGAACUUAAAAUAUGAAGUGUUUUCCUCAGUAGUUUCGAAAACAAAUGCAAUUGAAUGUAUUAUAGGAAAGUUAGUCUUAGCUAUAGCCAGCAUUCAUUAAAACAGCCACAUGCUUCUACAAGUACAAAUCAAAUUGACAUCUACAAAUGAGUAUUAGGGCCACGCUGAAAAGAAAUAGUCUACAUAGACUUUGGCACAAUUACAAGAGGAAAUAUUACAAGUAAAAAAAAAAUAAAUAAAUAUUAAGGGAAAACAUGGUUUACCGUAGUAGAAACCUAUUUCAUUUUGUAACACAACCAGCAAAAUACUCAUUGCUUUGGCACAUCUACUCUAUAAGCAGUUUAAUUUGAAAUGAGCGUACAAACGUUUGUGUUUUAUCGAACUAUACAAACUGAAAAUAAACCUGAAGUGUUUUUAACAAAUAUUAAAUAAUAUUCUGGGCCGCACGUGAAUGAGUGCUUAGCGCAUCCGCAAGACAGUUUUGAGGGUGGGGGUUUGGCCCGUGCCUGCGUGGGUUUUCUCCGGGUACUCCGUUUUCCUCCCGCAUUCCAAAAACAAGCGCGGUAGAGGUUUAUUAAUGAGUCCCAAUUGUUCUUAGAUGCUGUUGGGGCAAGACAGCGGCUGCUGCCCUUAGUUUGCUUACGUGGAAAUUCUGACUUUUUUCAAGUAUUGUACAACAACCUUUAUUACUGUAACUCUGACUUCUCAUCAAUCUCAUACUUUACUUUUUCGAUGUACUUUCUUUUCAUUGUGGCUCUAAUACGCCUUUGUCGAUGUCACGCUUGAAAAACUAAUUACGGGUGUACUUCAAUUAUCAUCCUCGGACGACAACACUUGUAGCAAAGCACAUCUCGUAUCUCAGCUACCGUGAGAUUUGCACUAAAAAUAAAGCUGCUGGGUGAAUUGCA